CUCUUCACGUCGGCUCCUUUGCGUUGCCUUGCAUGGUGAGAAGGUCUGGAGUGGUCGCGCCCAACGGCGGAUCAACGUGUCGUGCGACACGAUCGUAUGGUCUGUCGGCCUUUUCAAGUCCUGAACUGCAACCAAGAGCCACGAUGGACGAACCGGAGUCUCUCCGCAAGAGCGGUCUGGAAUUAUGGACGCAAGACAAGGGCUGGGCGUCCUCCACUCGUCAAUGAACUGGCGGUCGAAGAUCGACACUGAGACGCGAAACAGAGCGGUGAUGGAGAGGAGCUUGCGGAGCUUGGUCUUACAUUUUGGAGACAUUCAAAUGCUUGAGAGGCGCUUAAAAGAUCGAGCAUACCUACCUCUGACCAUCUAUAUGAGAGCCUCAUCACCGACGAUACAUCAUCAUAUCGGGCAAUCAGUCAUCCUACAUGUACAUCUAGAGCACUAUCAAGUCUUGGCCAACGGCGUUCUAUCAAGGCUUCUUAAGUCCAACAAAAUGGACUCCAGAUCAACAACACCAACGCCAUUUCCAACCCUUCAGAUCCAACACGCACAAACGCCAACCACAGACCUCCAGACAGCAUUGUCACCGCCUAAGCCACCAUCCCCGUACGGCAGCCUUCAAUGGACUCAGUACCUUUUCCGUCUUUUUACCCUCCUCACCUCCGCCGCUCUCCUCGCCCUCACCGUGUUCAUCGCGGCAAAAUGGGGACAAGAAUACCCGGAGAAAACAUAUGCGGUUAUUAUGGCCGGGGCGGCGAUAGCAAUCAUUACAGACCUCGGCACUACUUACUUCCUCUUUGCCAGGAUGUCACAAACCUCUACGCCGGUAACCAUCGCUGUCCUUGAUGCUGUUGCGCUGGUCAUGUGCGCAGUGGGCAUCCCAACCGUGAGGGGAAUUAUGUUCAAGACAGAGUAUGACACAGCUGUGUGGGCGUUGGCGGUGGUUGUAAUCGUCGAGAGGGCCGGAUCGAUGGCUACUUGCCUUUGGGAUUGGGUUUUCAUUAGGAGAAGAAGGAACGAGGGGACGAAAUCUAUCAUCUUCAAGCAGGAGAUGGGCUCGACUUCCGAGUCUGCUUUGGCAGCGAGGAGACGGAGGAAACAUGAAGAGGCUGCUGGCCAGGGGGCCGCGAUGGCCGGGGCAGAUGCUGGGGCUUCAACUGGAGAGUAUGUGCAGCCUGUGAGUGCGAGGGCAUCAUUGGUUGGCGGUGGGAGACCCAGCUUGGUGCUUGCGGGAGAUAUGUCGGGGAGAGCAAGCUUUCCUAGUAUCAUUGUGGGUGGAGAGGGUGAUGAUGAUCGAGUAUGAAACCUGCUCUCCCUAGGUCUCAAUGUAAGGGUUCUGUGGAGAUCCUAUCAAGAUUCAAGACCUUUGUUUGCUUCUGAGUGAGUUUCAGUGUUUUUGGACACCC